AUGAUUUAUGUACACCCAGCAGUGCAGCCUGCACAGCGGGAACUACAUGCACCUGCGAGCGAUGGCUCAUACAGAUGUAUACUUCCUCCAGGUCUCGGCGAAUCCUGCAACAGCACUCUAUAUUGCGCCGACAACUAUUACUGCCACCCACCUUCCUUUACCUGUGUCAACGCGUACUACCUCGGUUAUGGAGAGGCUUGCACCCUCGAUAUACAAUGCUCCGGUGCUCUGACCUGCACCAACAACAAAUGUACCAACACUGUAUACCCUCGAUGCGAGAGUUUGCUCGAUUGCAAGUAUAAUGAAGUCUGCUCAGCCAAUGGAUGUGCACCGCCUGUCCACAUCGGUGGAGCAUGCCAAACCACAUAUGAUUGUAGUCCAAUCAGUACCUGUCUGUUUGGAGUAUGCGCACCCGCCUACACAGUCGGCCUUGGCGGUGCCUGUACCGAGGACAAUAAUCAAUGCGAUAUAUCCAAAGGAUUGUCCGUAUGUAUUUGA